AUGUCAAGCUUCAAAGGCAAUGCCCUUAGGGGCACUUUCUUCCUGGUCUUCGGGCUCGGUUGGUCUGUGAAAUACCCACUGAAAUAUCUGAGCCGGACGCUGAAUGCAGACAGUCAGGCAAGUCGCUGGAUCCAGAAACUGGAUAUCCUCGAAGGGGCAGCCAAAGCUUUCCUUGCUGUAGCAGGGAUGCUGGCUGAGCAGUUCGUCCCCGACGGCCCCCACAUGGGUCUCUACAGUGGAGAGACCUACAGCUGGGAGAAGCUGACUAACUGGCAGUACACGACCAUGUACCUCUUUUAUGGCCUCUCGGGCAUUGUGGAUGUUCUCUCCUAUUCCCCGCUCAAGCUGUCUCUGGGACUGGAUCGCCUCUUGCUGUCCGUGGCUAUGUUUACUGAAGGUUUCCUGUUCUGUUUCCAUGACUACAAUAAUACCGCUCUGGAUCAGCACCUCCACUCCUUGCUGCUCAUCGCUAUAUUUGGUGGAGCCCUUUGCGCCCUGAUGGAAGUGUUCCUGCGGGAUCACACCAUCCUGGAGUUCUUCAGAACCAGUUUCUUCAUCCUCCAGGGAUCUUGGUUCUGGCAGAUUGGGUUUGUGCUGUCCCCACCAUGGGGAGGGCCAGGCUGGGACCAGACUGACCGUGGAAACUUCAAGUUCCUCACCAUGUGCUUCUUCUGGCAUUACGCAGCUGCUCUUCUCAUCACAGCAGCCAACUCUGUUUUUUCUUAUUGGUACAGAAAGGCAUGUCAGGCAAACUUUGGAAAUAUCGAUGUCGAACUCGACUGUGGGUUUUGUUUACGGAAAACCAACCAAAGCCCUGAACCUGUCCUUCUCCCAGAGGACGGGUUGGAUGAAAAGUGA